AACGACAACAGUGUCGUCUAUAUAGUUUCUUGUUCUAAGUUCUUGCAAAAAGAAUCUGCAAAAAUCUCUCGAAAAUGGGUCAGAAGAAUCUUGACUCGAUCCGUUGCUUCGUCCUCCUAUUCUUUGGUGUUGUUUCCGCCCAAAAAUGCGUCGACACUGCAGGAUUUUUCAGACCCAACACCACUUAUGACACGAACCGUCAACUCAUCCUCUCAGCUCUUGUCUCCAAUGUCACAGCUCGAGGUGGUUACUACAACGGCUCGAUUGGUCAAGGUCCCGACACAGUUUAUGCCUUGGGUUUGUGCAUUCCAGGAACGAGACCUGAGGUUUGUUCAGACUGUAUCCAGCCUGCGGUUAACGGGUUAUUAAGCAACUGUCCGAACCAGACAAGUGCUUUUGACUGGAGAGCCGACAAAACUCUUUGCCUUGUUCGAUACUCGAACAUCUCUUUUUUCGGAUCAAUCGAGUUGGAGCCGCGUCAACAAGAGACCAUAAACUUGGACGUUUCAGGGAAUUUGACGGAGUUUAAUACGACAUGGAAUGGAUUCAUGCAAAGUAUGAUAGAUGCAACGACCUCAGCCACUUCGCCUGGACGGAAGUAUUACGCAGCUGAUGUAAAACACUUGACAGAUUUCCAAAGUAUAUACGCGUUGAUGCAAUGUAUUCCGGGCCUAUCUCCGGGGGAUUGUGACGCAUGUCUACGCGCAAAUGUCCGCGACUAUCAGUCAUGUUGUGGCGGGAAGCAAGGGGGAAGCAUUCGAAGACCGAUCUGCUUUUUUCGGUGGGAUAUGUAUCCAUAUCUCGGAGCUUUUGAUAUCAUUGCGUCUUCUCCUCCGCUGCAACCCACGCCUUCUCCCGAUGAUCGGCCCGAUACUACGACCACGGAAGAUGGCAAAACAAUUUCAGCGGGAACUAUCGUGGGAAUUGUCGUUCCCACCGUCAUAAUCAUGGCUCUACUUGCUCUAGGAUUUGUGGUUUGGAGGAGGAGAAAGUCGUAUCGACGGAUGGAACUCGAGACUGAUGAUGAUAUCACAGCUCCACACUCACUUCAAUUCGACUUUAAGACCAUCGAAGCUGCGACGAACCAGUUUUCGCAUAGUAACAGACUUGGUCAAGGGGGGUUCGGCGACGUUUACAAGGGUACUCUUCCCAACGGAAGUGUAGUUGCGGUGAAGAGGUUGUCCAAAACAUCGGGACAAGGUGACCGAGAGUUCAAGAAUGAGGUGGUUCUUUUAGCGAAGCUCCAACACAGAAAUCUCGUUAGGCUACUCGGGUUUUGCUUGGAAGGAGAAGAGAAGAUUCUCGUCUACGAGUUUGUCCCCAACAAGAGCCUCGAUUAUUUUUUGUUCGACCGUACAAAGCAAGAACAGCUGAACUGGACAAGACGACACAGGAUCAUUGUCGGGAUCGCUCGAGGAAUUCUAUACCUUCAUCAAGAUUCAAGGCUCACAAUCAUACACCGUGACCUCAAAGCAAGCAACGUUCUCCUAGAUUCUGACCUGAACCCGAAAAUCGCGGAUUUUGGAAUGGCAAGGCUUUUCGGGAUGGACCAAACUCGAGCCAACACGAGCAGGAUAGUCGGAACAUACGGCUACAUGUCUCCGGAAUAUGCAAUGCAUGGCCAGUUCUCCAUGAAAUCCGACGUGUAUAGCUUCGGAGUCUUAGUUCUCGAGAUCAUUAGCGGGAAGAUGAAUAGCAGCUUCUACCAGAGAGAGGGCACUGCUGGCAAUCUGGUAACACAUGCUUGGAGGCUAUGGAGAAAUGGGUUGCCCUUAGAACUCGUGGAUCCUGCCAUUGGAGAUAAUUAUCAGAGCAACGAAGUUACCAGAUACAUUCAUAUCGCGCUGUUAUGCGUUCAAGAAAAUCCUGCAGAUCGUCCGCCAUUGUCAACGAUCAUCUUAAUGCUCACUAGUAACUCCAUCACUCUACCGGUUCCACGACAACCCGGGUUUUUCUUACAAAGCAGACAAGAUCAAGAACCAUCUGUUGUUUAUUCUGUCGAUGAUGCAUCGAUCACUGAUUUAGAUCCUCGUUGAGAGUGAACAUUAUCAAACCAGAUUUAUUUUUCGUAGCAGAUGAAACUCGGGUUUGGUUUAUUGUUUCUAGAUUUUGAUGCAAAGAGGUGGAUGCACACGAAAAGAUUGAAUCGGAGACACUCAUGAACAGAUUGUUUUUUUUUUCUUUCACAAAAAAGAAGGAAUCAUUGUUUUUAUAUGUUCAGUGCUUAAUGAGAAGGUUAUGAUUGCCUUGUUGCUCUUGUA